CUUCCCUUGUCCUUAACACGAAGUUCACUCUUCCAUUGACGAGCGCACCAUAUUUAAUUUCCAACAAAACCAGGCACUCGCUUCCCAGAAUGGCGGACUACAAUCGACGCCCGCGACGAGGUGGAGGUGGAGGAGGUGGAGGUCACUUUAACAAUCGCAAGAGGAGAUAUAGAGAUGAUGAUUUUGAAGAUCGACGGCCACAGCGACGUCGCUACGAGGAACCUCUGGCCGUCACAGUACGCAAACAAGUCCUUUCGAUCGCUGAGAGUCCUGUCCGAAAAGCAGAAGAAGACGUUGCGACGAUUGCGAAAACACUUGCCGACAAUUACUUCGACAAUGAGGUGUCCACGAGCUUUGUGGACCUUGUCACUCAAAUGGUUAUCGAGCAACCUCUUAAGACGCCCUUCCUAGCCGCUAUCGUCUACCUCACGAACGCUCAGAAACCAGAGCUCGUCACGGACGUCCUGCGUAAGAUCAGCGAAGCACUGCAGAAACGCCUGGAUCUCGGACUAUGGAGAGAAGCCAAGCUGUACCUGCGUUUUCUUGGUUGUCUACAAGGUAUAUUCUCAGAAGGUGGUGUCUUUACAAUCCUCGAGGAGCUCUUCUCAAAGGCUGCCGACCUGCAAAUGAAAUCCUCUGAAGACUCACUCGGGUUGGAAAUUGUCAAGAUCAUUCUGUUGACCAUCCCGUACGCCAUGUCCUCUAGUGCAACAGGACUCGAAGCCCAAGCACUGAGUCUUUUGGAGAAGACCGACAUUAUUGCCUCGACAGCCCACCCUCUGGAAGUCAUAGUCGAUCCAUACCCAAGCCCAGAGGGAGGCGCGCCGACCUCUUCGGAAAGCGCUCUUGCUCUUCUCCAGAAGCACAUGCAAGAAGAAUCUCGGAAUGGCUGGGAAUUGGCGUGUUUGCCUCGACCGUGGAAGGGAGACCGAUCUUCAGAAGAGGAGGAAGCAUUGGCUGCUGCACAGACACAUCAAUUCCCUGCAAUCAAAAUUCCUGAGGAAAUGCAGAUUGGGCCGAGAUCUAUCUUCCCCGAGGUAUAUUUCUCAGUCUACGGUGAACAAGAUAUCGAAACGGUCCCACGGCCUUCUGAUUCGGCGUCGAUUCUGAUCCGGGAUGCCCUGUCAGACACGAUCAAUGGUCUUGAUUUCAAUCGAAUGGCGGCGGCAAGGUUCCUCAUCGACGUUGACUGCUAUUUCGCCCCAGGCACGUUUGUGAAGCGAGCCACGCAAUUUGACAAGCUCCGAGAGGUCGCUGGGGACAAGGCCACCUGGAAACCCGAGGAUGUCAUCGUCGAUGCAUGCUUUUCCCAGUUGAUGCAGCUUCCUGCCCCGGAGCACAAGUUGAUUUACUAUCACUCGGUUCUGACGGAAGCUUGUAAGCUGGCGCCAGCUGCAGUCGCACCCAGUCUGGGUAGGGCGAUCCGGUUCCUGUACCGUAACGUUGAUCGAAUGGAUUUCGAACUGUCUCAACGGUUUCUGGAUUGGUUUGCCCAUCAUCUGAGUAAUUUUGGUUUCACUUGGAAAUGGACGGAGUGGGUCGACGACGUUCAACUUCUCAAUGUUCACCCGAAGAAGGCAUUCAUCAUAGAUGCCCUAGACAAGGAAAUCCGAUUGAGCUUUUCUAAGCGGAUCAAGAACACACUACCUGAACCCUACCAAGCUUUGAUUUCCGAAGAAAAGGAGAAAGACUCACCCGAUUUCAAGUAUAAUGACGAUUCAACUCCGUUCGCUACACAAGGUAAAGCGAUUGCACAACUCGUCCGCACCAAAGCUGCGAACGAAGAGUUUUCGCCCCUCCUGGAGACCAUUGAGCAGGAAGCCAUGGCGUCGGGGAUGGCUGAUCCUGAAUUGGCAUCCACCGACGCUUUCGUCACCUCGAUAUGUUGGAUCGGCUCCAAAUCAUUAUCGCACGUACUUGCCUGCAUCGAGCGGUGCAAGGAGCGACUGCUGGCCAUCAGUUCUAAAAGUCCCGCCUGCAGAAAACAAAUCAUGACAUCAGUCAUGAAUUACUGGAAGUCCCAGACGGGAGUCGGCGUCAUCAUCCUGGACAAAUUGCUGAACUACCAAAUCCUAACGCCCAGCAGUAUUGUUGAAUGGGCACUUGUCGACCACGUAGCUCGAGGCACGCUACUCGCGAGUGCCUGGUGUUACGAACUUGUGGAAAAGACCACCAAGAAGGUGGGGUCACGGGUUCACAGCAUUGUGCACGCAAUUCGACAGCUUGGGCUCACAGAUGAUCAGAAGAGUGAGCUGCAACAGACGUUGACGAAAGAGUUGGAGAGUAUGAAGACGCUUUAUGAGAGCAUUCAGGAUGCGGUCGUGAGUAUUCGCGACGGCAACCAGGACGAGAUGAUGGAGAGCAGCGAUGCGCUUCGUGCAGAGGAUGAAGAAUUACUCAAGUCAUGGGGUGGAAAAUGGGCAAAGACGUUUCAGCGCAAGUGUGCGGUGGAAGAGAAUUGGGUUCGAGAAGAAUUGGCCAGACCAAUUCCUGAGCCUGAAGUCAAGGAGCAGACGAUGACCAUGGACAGUGUCGACUCUGGCCUCAACGGUGCUGGCGAGAAUGGUAACGCCGACGCGGACGUGGAUGGGAUCGAGUAGAUUGUGUUUUGUACGAGUAAUACGACAUGAGACACCCGGCGAGGACGGUGCGGCCAAAGAUCCGGCCAUAUCGGCAUGGUGUUGACUGUACAGUGCUGGAGCUUCGGAUCGAGAGCCUUGGGAGGUUUUUGUAAUAAGCAACCGCCUCUCUUGUACAAUACACGGGGGACAAGCAAAACUCACGUCUUUACUUUGCCCCAUUUCAUUGAGAUUUUACUGCCAUAUUAUGCUACAAAUGGUUGUCGGGAUGGCUGGACUGCAAUGCAGCAAUUGCCGGUCAAUUUCAUAUCCUCUUGUCAUUUAUUGCAGGGUCAUGGAGAGGCGGUAUAUUCUCUGAUCGGCUACGAUGAGGAAAGAAUAUUUAGGAACGUGAAUGUGGAAAAGAGUCGAAGGAUUUAAAGAGAUAGUUCUUGACC